AUGCAUCAGUAUGCGGUAGUUGUCUUCCUCCUGGUGGUUCCAGCGCAUUGUCGGUUUCGAUGGCGACAUCAUUUGCCCCGGCAUGUUUGUUUCAGUUCCUCGCAUUUUAGUCUCAACGGUACCUUACUACUGUAACCAUCCCUACCGCUGAACAGCAAACCUGGGCAAACAGCCCGCACAGAAGGCCAGCGAACCACGUUACUCUGAUGGUCAACUGAUUUUGCUGCUGAUUGUCUCUACGGUUGUUGCCUGCACUGGUUUCGCCCUAUAGUCGCACACGGUCUUAUUGACAUAGCGCGGCGACGGAACACAACAGCCACAGCACCGAAUCAAAGCGCGGAGAGGGCAACUGAAAACGGAAGGGAGAAGGAUUUGAGUUUCGUGAUGAUUAAAUAUCAGUACAAAAAGAUGUCCUGAAUAAAGUCCGACCUUUUCUACAGUGUUGAAUGGACAGCUUGUACGUAUAUAUCGAGCUGGAACAAUGAACCGUGUGAUUAGUCCGGAUUGAGAAAUCGAACGGCGCGAAAUUCAAAUACGCUAUGAUUAGGUGUACAGGGCCGCCUACGGACAUUGUAUGUAUCAGGUACUCAGGCGUUAUCACCUGUCGGCACCUAUUUUUGUCAAGGCGACAAAGGAAAAGCCAUUCCAUUUCAGUCCAGUACGAAAAUUCGACAGUUAUGAGCGUUAAUGUCUUACAUGGUUCCACCAUUAAAGAGUGCCGACCACUGGGCGACUUGAAGGAGUUAUUCGACUUCAAGUCGUUGUGCUGUCGCUGUACCAGCAACCCACUGCGAAGCAUUCACGAGAAACUCCCGAGUCGUUCCCGGGUGUUACUCUGCCAUGACUUCAAAGGAGGCUAUCUACUAGACAAACACCAUUUUGAUGAUGCAUCAGAAGUCACCGAUCUACCGAACUAUUGCGCUUCUCUUGACUACCGAUUUGAAUACUGGGACAAAAUUGAUGUGUUUGUUUACUUUUCGCACAACUUAGUUACGAUCCCACCCUGUUCAUGGAUCAAACAGGCACACGCAAAUGGCGUCAAGAUACUUGGCACAUUCAUCAUUGAGUGGAAACCGAAAAUUGUUGACGAAUUGCUUGCACCCAAUAAUCUUCCAAGAAUAAUCAAGGGUCUCGUAGAAGUCUGUUUAGAAACCAAUUUCGACGGUUGGCUUUUUAAUAUAGAAGUUGAUAUCAAUCAGAAACAAGUAGAACCCUUGAUUCACCUUGUGCGUGAAGUGCGUGAACAAUUGAUUCAAGCCAGACCAGGAAGCCUGGUUAUCUGGUAUGACUCUGUGACAACAUCGGGAAAAAUCACAUACCACGAUGAGCUCGUGAAGGAGAACAAGCCAUUCUUCGAUGUCUGCGACGGUAUCUUCCUUAAUUAUGGAUGGACUAAAGAUCAAGUUAAGCGCAGUGAAGCUCUGGCUGGCGAUAGAGCUAACGACGUGUACGUCGGAGUCGAUGUGUUUGGUCGUAAAACACCUUACGAAGCUGGAUUCAACUCACCAAAGGUGGCACAAGAGAUUCUGUCCAGCUCGUCGUGUUCAGUUGCAAUAUUUGCUCCGGGUUGGGUGCUCGAAUGUAACGACGUGGAGGAAUUUACUGUGAACCAGAAGCGAUUUUGGGACAAGAUGCCGGCUUUAAAGGAAAGCACGUCGGUAGAAGAAAAACAGAGAAUUCUUUAAUUGAGUCAAAACGCUUCAGGCGGCGUCAGGUUCUUGACGAUACAUGUAAUUUACAUUAUAUCUUUAUACUUUGCGAACGUUACUGAAAAUUUCACUUUAGCCCAUUGCUGAACUAUGCAGACGGUGCUCAUAAGUCGUGAUACUGUGGCUACCACAAUUACUAGCGUUUUAUAAAUUAGCUACGUGUACGAUACGUCAAAGUUGAAAAAAAUAAUGAUUUAUUUAAAAACAAAGUCGCCUGAAUCUAAUCUACUCUAUCCUGUAUUGCUUGAAGUACACUUGAGCCUAACUUCACUCAGUUUAUGGCAGCAGCUCAGUUAGUGAAAGGGGUAUGUCGACGUUGAGUCCAAGACAUCGCUUGUUUAAGUCCGCCAGCGCGCACUUAUCUAUAUUGUCAAUAAAGUAAGAUUCUUUGGUAUCUUCCAUAUAUUUGAAAACUAAGUAUCAGUUAGCUUCAUUUGAGCCCAAUAUUAUUCCGAUGGUUAUUCAUUAGUCGCCUUAAUGAUGGCUGCUUUACGCAAGUUCAUUUUAGGUGAUCAGUGCACUCCCCUUAUUCUAAGUAUUUCAAAAGUACUUUUAUUUUUUUCGAGUGCAUGGUAAAGAUAUUUUGAUUAUAAUUUAUAAAUGUAGAUAGAGAGAAUGCCCUGACCUGAUCGAAUGAUAUAUACAUAAUAUAAUCAAGUGCUCUAUAAACCUGUUUUAUUUUUCAUCACUAGUAUCUGGUUAAAAAUAUGAGCGUUUCGAACUUGACAGAGAGACUGAGAUAAAUCAUUUCCGCCAAGUUGUUGAUAUAUAUAUGCUAGCCCUAUGCUGCUGUACAAUAAAUGACAGCAUCUGAAUUCGAACUGAGUAAACUGAACAUUUGUCUUACUUAGUAAUGCCAUAUAUAUGCUUUGUAGUAUCACAAUGCCGAAAACUAAGGCCGGACAUUCUGUAUUGUGUAUGUGAUAUUUUCAUUUUAUAUUAGACAGCAGGAGGCGAAACACAUAGGCUUUAAUAAAGUGUUGAUGUACCUUUA